AUGUUCACGUCCAAGUCCAAUUCGGUGUCGCCCUCGCCGUCUCUGGAGCAGGCUGACUCGGACGCGCUGGACAUCAGCACCAAAGUGCAGCUCUACGGUGUGCUGUGGAAGCGGCCCUUCGGGAGGCCGUCGGCCAAGUGGUCCCGACGGUUUUUCAUCAUCAAAGAGAGCUUUCUUCUUUACUAUUCGGAGAGUGAAAAAAAGAGCUUUGAAACCAACAAAUACUUCAAUAUACAUCCUAAGGGUGUCAUCCCUCUGGGGGGCUGCCUGGUGGAGGCUAAGGAAGAGCCCAGCAUGCCCUACGCCAUGAAAAUCUCCCACCAGGAUUUCCACGGGAACAUCUUGCUGGCUGCCGAGUCGGAGUUUGAGCAGACCCAGUGGCUGGAGAUGCUGCAGGAGUCUGGGAAGGUGACUUGGAAGAAUGCCCAGCUGGGAGAAGCCAUGAUCAAAAGCCUAGAGGCCCAGGGGCUGCAGCUGGCCAAGGAGAAGCAGGAGUAUUUAGACAAACUGAUGGAAGAGACUGAAGAACUCUGCCUUCAGAGGGAGCAGAGAGAGGAGCUUGAGCGCCUGAACCAGGUGCUGGAGGCCGAGAAGCAGCAGUUUGAGGAGGUGGUACAGGAGCUGAAGAUGGAACAGGAGCAGAUCAAGAGGGAGCUAGAACUGACUGCAAGAUGCCUCAAGGGUGUGGAACAAGAGAAAAAGGAGCUGAGGCACCUCACGGAGUCCUUACAGCAGAUGCUGGAGGAACUCUCCAUAGAGAAGAAGAAAACCCUGGAAAUGCUGGAGGAGAAUGAGAACCAGCUGCAGACACUGGCCAAUCAGAGCGAGCAGCCCCCUCCCAGUGGGGGUCUCCAUAGCAACCUGAGGCAUAUAGAGGAGAAGAUGCAGCAGCUCUUAGAGGAGAAGCUCCUGGCGGAGAAGCGGAUGAAGGAGAACGAGGAGCGCUCGCGGGCCCUGGAGGAGGAGCGGGAGUUCUAUUCCAGCCAGUCCCAGGCGCUGCAGAACUCGCUGCAGGAGCUGACAGCGGAGAAGCAGCAGGCCGAGCGCGAGCUCAAGGCUGAGGUGAAGGUCCGCGUGGACCUGGAGAGGCGCCUGCGGGAGGCAGAGGGGGCCUUGCGGAGCCUGGAGCAAGGGCUCAACUCCAAGGUGCGGAACAAGGAGAAGGAGGAGAGGAUGCGGGCUGACGUGAGCCACCUGAAGAGGUUCUUUGAAGAGUGCAUCCGGAAUGCGGAGCUGGAGGCCAAGAUGCCGGUCAUCAUGAAGAAUUCCGUGUACAUCCACAAGGCGGCCACUCGCCGCAUCAAGAGCUGCCGCUUCCACCGGCGCCGGUCCAGCACCUCCUGGAAUGACGUGAAGCCGUCCCAGUCCUUCAUGACCUCCCAGCUGGAAGCCAACAACAUGGAGGAGCUGAGGGAGGUGGCCAAGCGGCUCAGCCGGGACCAGCGCUUCCGCGAAUCCAUCUACCACAUCAUGGCGACCCAGCCUGGAGCCCCCUCUGCGCUCCCCCCCGCGGGAAAGUGAUGGCCGCCCCUCCCCGCCGCCCAGGUCCUUCCUCACUGGGGGCAGGAGGGAGUGGGCGGGGGAGGCCUGACUCUACAGGGCUCCUCUCUGCCAACGCUCCAUGUGGGGGCCAGCCUCACCCGCAAAGGACAGGGGCGCCACCUCCCUCACCCUCACCCCAGACCCUACCCUUGGGUCAGGUCAGGCCAAAGCUGGGUGCCGCCUGGUUGUCAUGGUAAAGCAAGGAUGGGGCCUGGCGGCACGGAGAGACUUUUCUGGCCGGGGAGUGGGCUGGGCAGGGCCCACCACCUUCUGCCGUGCCCGCCAUACUUCUCUGUGACUCUGCCGCCCUCCCCACCUUGACCCUUGCUUCCCAGGGCUUCCCAACCCUCUUUGCUUCUGAGACCCACAGGCGUCCCUCGGUCAAGGCCCCUCUGACCACACCGCGGAAGAAAGGGAGCGGGCACAGC